UUCAGGAUACUUUGAAUCAAGCUCGGUCGGUUAAGAUCCAUAUGUGAGGAAAGGAGCGCUAACGACGUGAACUAGAAGUACAUCCAAAUGCCAGGAUAUUGUACUAAUUGUGGUUCAGCAGAUUUCGCUCCUGUGGAUGGUUUUUUCUAUUGUGCAGUAUGUAACACACAAUCACAGGUUCUUCGUGAAUUUGAUCAUGAUGAUGAAGGCGCAAUUCUGAUGUCAGCAUCAUCAACAAAGAUUCGUCGAAAGAAGACCAAGACAGACAAAGGUGAACAAGAAAAAAAGCUUCUGAGGAACAAGUGACAGUUGAUGAAGACUAUCAUUUACCAGCAUUAAAACAAGAUUUCCCAGCAUAUCUUGGACAUGCUGGUUUACGGCUGGCAACAUUUACAAAGUUACUUUCACACUUCUCAGCCAUGUUAAUUCGUGAUUUCAGUAUACCAGAAGAUGUCAAGUGGCAUGUACUCAGUAUCUUGCAACAUUACCUUCAACACUUCCGAAUAGCGUUCUGUGAGGAAGAGCUGGAUGAAGAAAACCCAUAUUGUCCAUUAGUAAAAAACGAAAAAUAUGAAGCACAAAAGAGAGCAAAAGAGCUGAAAGUUAAAGCACAGAAAGAAACACAGUUGAGGCGUGGCGAUAAUGUUAUGUCAUUAUUAUCAAGCCCAGAUAUCAAAGUAAACCUGGAUGUUCGUGUUACCGAUAUCGAUAUGGAUGACAUAGAAGCUGUAAUAGAAAAACGAACGAAAAUUUCAAAGGAUGCGUUUUCCGCACUUUUGCGUAUUCCAAUGAGCACUGAAAUUAUCAUGGUGAUCCUUUAUUUGGGAUGUUUGCUCUCUGGCGCAAACUGGGUGUUAUUAUCUGAUGUUACACGGUGGUUCCGUGAAGGUCGAUUUCCAAUAUCGUCAUUUCAGUCCGCAGCUUUACUUGUUGGCGGGAAAGGAAACGAUAUCUUCAAUGCGAAAGGGCUUUCUUUUUCUCCGAGAUCACCGACGAUGCCACUGUAUGAAUAUAUGCGAACGAUUAUGGUAGUUGCCCAAAUAACUGAUAUCCCGGUGCAUCCAAUUUCUUGCUCUUUUGACCGGGUCUUGGCUCGCCUUAGUUACAAUCUUAAUUUGCCGAUUGAUUUCAUGCAACAUCUACAUACCAUUUUCGUUUAUUCCUCCCCAAAUAUUGUUUUCGAUUCGCAGUUUAUUCAUCGAUUUAGCACUGUUGAUUCAGAAGCGUUACUGCAAAGAACAAACAAUGCUUUCUGUGAUAAUAUCACUUUUGCGCUUGAACAGAGCACUUAUCAGUUAGAAGAAGGUUGCGGUCGGCAGUAUUCCGUAUUGCCAUCCAUCGAUGUCAAGGCAGUUGCAAUAAUACUCUUUGCUCUGAAGCUGAUAUUUGGCCUCGAUGAUAAUAUGGAAUUCAAUAUGAAAACGAUGUUCGGUGCAGUAAAUAUCAAGGAAGAGCAGUUUAACUUUGCUCUCUGGAUACAACAGUUGAAAAUGCGCAUGGAUAUAUGGCGCGGUAGGCGUUUGAAAGAUGUUUUGGAAAAAAGGACAACUGCCCUAUCCAAGUAUAACUCGGUAUUUGAAAAUUAUCGGAUGGUACUCGUUCGUGAAAAUUAUCGAGGAGAAAAGGUAUCGCAGAUUGGUACUAGUCGUUUAACGGGUGGUCGAAAUUUAUAUUUUAGGGGAUGUGUACCAAGUAGUUUUAUUAUGGAGAAACGUGAUUACGCACUGCUCAGUACCUUUGAGGAUGACUAUGAUUUCACAGCAUCACGAAGCCUCAGCAAAGAAGCUCUGUUAA